AUGGAGAACAAGGAUAAAGAUUACGUUCUGAUCGGCGGAGGAGGAUUUCUCGGGGCUCACAUCAUUGCCGCUCUUCAGGAGAACGGAGUCCGUAACAGGAUUGUUGUGGUUGACCCUCAUCCGCGGCUGAAGACGUUCGAAACGGUCGAGAUUGACGAGAAAAAUGUCAUAUAUGAAAAAGUGAGUUAAUCUGGAAAAAUCUUACAGAACUCCUCUUUUCAGGGGUCAUUCCUUGAUGGUGACGUGCUGGAUCGUGUUCUCCCGAAUGCCGUUUCCGUUUUCCAUCUGUGCUCAAUCGGACAUACUGGCGUAUACGGGGUAUUUGCAACUAUUUUUUCAGUGCAGUACAAAUUGUCAUUUUUAGGCUCAGAAAUGGCACAAGCUAGUUCACAAAGUUAAUGUUUCCGGAACCGAACAGUUGAUCAGAAAAUGUCAGACGCACAAAGUAUCUCGUUUUGUCUACGCAUCCAGUGUGGCAGUGGUAUUUACCGGAAAACCCCUGGAGAAUGUCACAGAAGACGAACCACUUCCUGAUCCCUGUGAAGUAAUAGUCUCUAGUGAACCUUCAAAAACGAUUGUGUGUGUGUUACAGUAUCUGGAUGUGUACUCGCGUACAAAAGCAGAAGCAGAAAAGAAAGUGCUCGAUGCAUCAACGCCCGAUUUCAAGACAACAGCACUCCGUUUCCGGGCUAUAUAUGGUCCACAAGAUGUUUCUGUGGCUGAGAAAGUUGUCGUGAGUAGCUUUGCCGUUUAAAUUUAUUAAAAAUUGAUGGUUCAGAAAAUGGUUAAGAAAAAUCUCUUCAUGUUCGUCAUAUCUCGUCAUGAAACAGAAGCGAUCUCGAACAUGUCGUCGGGAGAAAACUGUGGAACCGCGUUUUUUGUUGCUGAUCGAGAGUUGAAGAGGAAAAACGGGAAACAUGGAAGGGUAUGUUGGAAGUUUUUCGAAUGAUGUUUUUCUUUUUUGUACGUUCAGGCCUACUUCAUUACCGACGGAGAGAUUAUCAAGCAGUACGAAGUGUGGCAUCCGUUGAUCAAGGCGCUCGGAAAGUCUCCUCCGGUCCAUCGUGUCCCGUUCUCACUCGUGUUUCUGUUCGUGCAACUAUCUUCCUACGUCUCCUACGAGAUGCUCAAUUCGGCACCGCCUAUGAGCAGAUUCGAACUUGAAAUUCUUUGCACCAAUAACACAUACUCAAUUGAGCGAGCACGGCGGGAACUCAACUAUCAUCCAAAGACAGAAUUAUUUCAGAAGGUGAACAUUUUUUCCCGAUAUCUUUUUAUUGCCAAGUUUCAGACGGUGUCUUACUAUCGAAACAAAUCAAAGUCAGCAGAGACGCAAACGAACACUGUACCCAGGACGAUCAAUUUGCUUUAUUUUUUCCUUUUCUGCCUUGUAUCCUACCUCAUAAUGCAGUCACAAUGAAAUGAACUCGACCUCUCAUUCUCCAUUCUCCAUUCUCCAUCGUAAUGUAUUUCGGAACAAGGAGUCGACACCUUAAUGCGGCGCUUAUCAGUCAAAAAUAAGAGACUAAUGCACUUAAGCUUCACUGAUAAAAUGUCAUUUUCUUCAUAAAAACCAAUUUGUGACGCAAAUAGAAAUGGCGAAAAAGUUCCGUGCGCCUCGUUUCCGUUUCAAUCAAAAAGAACAUUGGGGGUCGGAAAAAGAUGUCGAGGAAUUGAUUUCGAAUUGCAAUAUGUAGAUUGAUUUUCUUGUUGUGAAAUCAUAAAAUGAUGAGUCAUGAAUAUCACCCUCUAACGAUUUCUUCGUGUCGAAACGGCUCAAACCACAACCACGGUUCCCGGGUGUUCCGUCGAGAAGAAAAUGGCGGUCGUUCAUCGAGACAAUCCUCCGUUAGACCAUAAACCGCUAAUCACUCUGUACAUCCAAUUGACGAUCUUGGUUUUCAUUAUUUCUCAUAUUUUUGGUAAGAGCGUUUGAUCGAUUUUUAUUUCAGAUUUUUUCCAGAUAUUCUCCUUUUCUUCGACAUUAUCCCGACUUUCGAUAAACACUGGUGCUUUGUAAAAUGUGAAAUUGUGGUAAAUUUUGCCAAUUUUGGACAGUUGGGGAUAUUAAUCCUUUCAGAAUUCGUUGGUUAUGAAACUGAUUAUUGUUCUUUUCCUUUCCAACCUGACGGUGUCGCUUCUCUGGUGUUGCACAGUCAUUUGGUAAGAUCUUUUAAAAGACGCAUACAUAGAUAGAAUAUACUCUUUUCAGCUGUGAUAAUGCAUUGAAAAAGUGCUUUGUUGAGUUUAUUGCGGCUUUGAAGCUGUUAAUCCACAUUUUUGUCGUCGUUCUGCACCGAAUUAUCCAAUUCCGUCAGUUUUAAAAGAUAACUAUGUCAAAAUACUCAGUAAAAAUUUGCAGAACCGAUCGAUACACAUGAGCCAUCCGGCCUGGAUCUAUACGUUCUCGUGUGCAUUCACUUCACAAUGGAUAUCAUUCUUUCGAUUUAUCUCGCUGCUACUGCUGUUCCGAAACGUCAAAAACAGAAAGUGACAAAGAAAAGAAACGUGCGAGGCAGAGAACACCCGACAGUCAGAACCAUUGAAGCCUUCCCGAUGCUCCCCCUGAACCCUUGCCAACCAGAGCCCAAGGCGAAGUCGGAAUCUGAAAUCUCUCCGGAAGAUGCGGAAACGGUGGACUUUCUUAUCAGAGAGCUCGAUGACUACGUGGAAAAACUCGAGGCGGAUUGUGAGAACCAGACUAAAAUCUCUCCGUUCCCCAUUUUUUCGAACAUUUAA